GCCUUGGUCCCGCAGCCCCAUGCCCCCAAAUUACCUACUUAUAUCACUACUAUAUAUCAAAGCUCUUAGCCCCCAUCCUCGCUCCUCCCCUAGUUGAGUAUGGGGUCGAAGGUAAUUUGGGCAUGCUUCAUUUUGACAAAUGGGGGAUAAAAGCUUUACACAUUUUACUCAAAAAAAAAAAACAUUCAUUUUCAAAAGGACGAAAGUGCCCAUUUUUAUUAUUAUUAAUUUUUGAAGACACCAUUUUUUAUUAUUAUAAUGGGAUAUGCCCUACAAUUUAUCUAGAUGGAGUGUACCCAAAUAGGUUCAUCACACGACUAAAUGACGAAAAUAACCCUCACACACGAAUAUUCUCUCUUGUUUUGGGUGUAAGCACGGGUUUAGCACCUCAACUCAGCGGCCCAUUACCGUUACGUGAAAAUUUGGAAAUCCUCUCUCCGUUCCAUAUUUCCAUUCCAUUCCUCUCCGCCUCCCUAUCUAUCUAUUCCCAGAAGUCCAGAACAUGUAAAACGCUUAUGCGCAUAUCUUCAAACGCAAUCCAACGCUACUUCUUCCUUCUUCUUCUGCUUCACCUUUAGAAUGCUCGCUCUCUUUUCUUCGACCAAUCUAGAACAGAAGAUCUGAAUCACAGAGGAAAGGAAACGCCUUCUUUAAAAUAUUGUUUUCUUCGUCAGUCGGCGUUCGAGGUAGAAAACCUUUCCCUCUCCCUCAUUGUGAGACAGAAGAGUAAAGAUUCUAAUUGAUUGGCUUUGUAAAGAAUAUUUUGUAGAAAGAGGGGCACUUUCAAAAUCAAUAAGAUUGUAUACUCCAUCAUACAAGCCAUCAUUCUCCAAUGAGAAUCAAUUGAUUCUGUUAUAGGAACCUUGUCAUGUCCGGAUUAAUUGAAGGUCUCCCUGAUGCAGUUGUUCUCCAGUGCCUUGCUCGGGUGCCUUAUUACCUCCAUCCUAAGUUGAAGCUUGUCUGCCGUUCAUGGAGAGCCGCUCUUAGCAGUCCUGAACUCUUGAAGGCCCGGCAUGAGGUUGGGGCAUUGGAGGAGCUUUUGUGUGUUUCUGCAUUUGAGCCAGAAAAUUUGUGGCAGCUAUAUGAUCCCCUCCGAGACCUCUGGAUGACCAUUCCUGUAUUACCCUCAGAAAUAAGGCAUCUUGCACACUUCGGCGUUGUCUCUGUUGGGGGAAAACUGUUUGUGCUUGGUGGGGGAAGUGAUGCUGUUGACCCAUUGACAGGUGAUCAGGAUGGCAUCUUUGCAACCGAUGAGGUUUGGUCUUAUGACCCCAUUCUCCACCACUGGACCCGGAGAGCUUCUAUGCUGGUCCCCCGUGCCAUGUUUGCAUGUUGUGUGCUGGAAGGAAAGAUUGUAGUUGCAGGUGGUUUCACCAAUUUCCGUAAGUCGAUCUCCAAGGCUGAAAUCUAUGACCCAGAGAAGGACACUUGGGUCCCUAUGCCUGAUCUCCGUCUUACUCACAAUUCAGCCUGCACCGGGGUGGUGAUCAGCGGUAAGGUGCACGUUUUACACAAGGGGCUAUCAACAGUGCAGGUUUAUGAGAAUUCUGAGUGCAGGUGGGCAGUCGAGGAUUAUGGAUGGCUCCAAGGUCCAAUGGCUGUGGUCCGUGGGGAGCUGUAUGUAUUAAGUCACGGAGUUAUUUUCAAGCAGUAUAAGGAGCAAAGGUUGAGGAAGGUGGUGGCAUCAGCAAUGGACUUCCAAAGUAGAUUUGGAUUUGCAAUGAUUGGAUUGAGGGAUGAGCUCUACAUCGUUGGUGGGGUGAUUGGACCAGGCCGUUGGAAUGUGGACAUCAAGCCGCUAUCUGAUGUGGAUGCUCUAAUGGUUGGGACUGAGAGGGCAACUUGGCGCAGGGUGACGCCCAUGACACAAUGUCAUGGUUCUAUACUCGGCUGUACGGUGCUGAGGAUUUAGGUCUAAACUUGUCAUAUUGACGUACUGCAACUAAUGUGCUCUUCUGGUUCUGGGUUUUAAUCCUUACGGUUGGAAGAUGGAGAUGUAGUGGACUUUGAAGUUUGAACGUCAGCUUCUAUAUUGUUUAUAAACGGUUCUUUAGCUUUUCUUGGUGUUGAAUGGUGUAUAAGAAUUGAGAGAUUGAUAUUCAAUGAAGCUACAGGCCUUCAUCCUACAAGUUCACUA